CGCAAGAGAGACACUGCGCUCACCAAUUCGAAACAUGGCCGCAUCAUCAUCCACGUGGAGAGUCUCAUGAGCCUCUGUCUUCCUUCACUCCCCCUUUCGAAGCCACCGUUGACCUCUGACCACCAGCGAGCCGGUCUCCUUCCUCUAGCAGCGAUCCAAUCCCUCGCGGUUGAUGUUUAGCCGAUCCACUGCCCGCUACUUCGCCGUCUGUUCUACUUCGUUCCGACCUCUUUUAUUACCCAGCGCUUUCUCCUCUGCUGUUCCGCGUCCAGCCCUAUUCCUCUUCCCUACCAGACCAUCACCGCUGUCCAAGGCUUUCUCAGCCAGUACCUUUAGGAUGGCGCAGCAAUUUAAGCUCAAGGGCCUCGAUAAGCUUGACUUGCAGGAGCUCGAGAAGAAAGAGGUGGAGGUCGAGGGCAUUGAGGGUGGAAAAGUCCUCCUGUGCAAAGUUGGCGGGCAGGUGCACGCAGUGAAUGCCAACUGUACACAUUAUGGAGCGCCGUUGAAGUUGGGUGUCUUGACGCCAGAGGGAAGACUGACGUGUCCCUGGCAUGGAGCUUGCUUUAACGCACGCACCGGAGACGUCGAAGACUCCCCUGCGCCGCUGUCGUUGAACGCAUUCGACGUCAUCGAGAAAGACGGUGGCGUAUACGUCAAGGGCAAAGCGGCCGACAUCAAAGGCGGAAAGAGAACCGUCAACAUCAAGACCACCCCAUCUUCUCAAGAGAAGGUCGUUAUCGUUGGAGGCGGAUCAGGCGCAUUCGGCGCCCUCCUCAAACUACGCGAACUCGGCUACAAAGGUCAUAUCACAGUGAUCACCCAUGAAGGCUACCCGAUCGACCGUCCGAAACUCUCCAAAGCCCUGAUCACCGACGCCUCGAAGCUCUAUCUGCAGCCCGAAGAGUGGUACUCGGAAGGCUCGAUAGAAUUCUUUCCGGAUACCGUCACCUCCGUCGACUUCGAUGGCAAAACUGUCCAAACGAAGACGGGGAAAUCUCUUCCAUACACGAAACUCAUCCUCGCCACAGGUGGCACACCACGGCAACUCCCUCUCCCUGGCUUCAAGGACAAUCAACUGGGUAACAUCUUCCUCCUACGGAAAGUCAGCGAUGUGCAAAAUAUUGUGACCGCCGUGGGCGACAAGGGCAAGAAGAUUGUCAUUGUCGGCUCCAGCUUUAUUGGUAUGGAGGUCGCGAACGCCCUGGCCAAGGAAAACUCCGUAAGCAUCGUGGGUAUGGAGUCCGCGCCGCUCGAGCGCGUAAUGGGCACCGAGGUCGGCAAGAUAUUCCAGCGCACCCUCGAAAAGAACGGUGCGAAAUUCUACUUGAACGCCGGUGUUGACUCCGCUUUGCCGGCAUCGAAGCUCGCCAAUACCGUGGGGUUAAGCUCGGUGGGCGCCGUGAAACUAAAGGAUGGCACCGAACUCGAAGCCGAUCUCGUCAUCUUGGGAAUUGGCGUGUUCCCGGAGACAACAUACCUUCGCAACAACCCCAAAGUGCAACUCGAGAAAGACGGCAGUAUUGCCGUCGACGAAAACUUCGCGGUCAAGGGACUGCAAGACGUGUGGGCGAUUGGCGACAUCGCGACCUACCCCUACCACGGGCCCGGAGGGAAUGGCACCCCCGUGCGCAUUGAGCACUGGAACGUCGCGCAGAACAUGGGUCGCGCUGUGGGAGAGUUGAUCGCUCAACCCGGCAGCAAGCCGAAACCCUUCAUUCCCAUCUUCUGGUCAGCCCUCGGUGGCCAGCUGAGGUACUGCGGUGCCACGCCGAACGGAUGGGACGAGCUGGUGCUGAAAGGAGAGCCCGAGAACAACAAAUUCGCGGCAUUCUAUUGCAAAGGCGACACGGUUGUGGCGAUGGCAAGCAUGAUGAUGGACCCUAUCAUGGUCAAGUCCGCCGAGUUGAUGAGGCACGGCAAGAUGUUGAGCAAGAGCGAUAUCCAAAGUGGCAAGGACGUCUUGGAGGCGGCUUUGUGGUGAUAUGAGCCGGCCUGGUUGUUCAACGGGAACUUAAGGUGAUGUGUCUCGCGAGUACUCGAGGAGGGUGGCUGCUGGAGCGUUGUUGCAGAGCUCCUGCGCAGUUUCUUCCUGUGCCUCGAUGCCACAACGACGUUGGAAUUCCGGAAGAGACAACACAAGAAAGAACAAGCCUGUUAUAAGAGGCGUUCUAUAUAAGUGCCGUAGAUUCACCCGAGCCCUGAUGCAAUAUCUUGACGCUGGAUUGUUCUGAG